AUGGAAGCGAAAGCGUUGCUACAUUUGAUGUUAUUCUUGGUAACAUUGCAAAACUUGGCUGCUGGACCUUUUGCAAGUGCAAGCAAUCCCAACACCACCGUACAAGCCAUCAGCUCGAACCUACCGCGAACAUGCUCACUUUCAACCAAUCGCCACUCAGGGAUCCAGCUAAUCCACCCCCAACCAGGCUUCCGCGAACCGUUCGAGGUGUUCUGUGACCAAGAGUACGAGGGUGGAGGCUGGAUCGUAAUUCAGAAUCGCUACGAAGGAUCGGUCCACUUUUACCGCGAUUGGGACGAGUACGAGCGCGGAUUCGGCAGCUUGGGCGGAGAGUUUUGGCUAGGUUUGAGCAAGAUUCACGAGCUGACGUACUCCAGGAAGUAUGAGCUGCACGUCGUGCUGGAGGAUUGGGACGGAAUACAGGCUAUCGCAAGAUAUAGUGAAUUUUUGCUAGCAGGACCAAAGGAGAAGUAUCUGCUGAGGAAUUUGGGAACGUUCAGUGGAAGUGCGGGGGACUCACUGGAUCACCAUCGCGGAAUGAAAUUUAGUACUUUUGAUGCCGAUAACGAUAUUUAUCCGGAUAAUUGUGCUUCCAUGUGGUACGGAGCGUGGUGGUACAAGAAUUGCCACAUUAGCAACUUGAAUGGAAGAUAUAUGCAGGGUCAAAACGGAACAGGAAUGUACUGGAGAUCAUUUCGUCCAAAUGAGUAUAGUCUCAAAAAGUCUAGAAUGAUGAUUCGUGCUGUCAAUUAAACCUGUUCUAGUGGCAAACAAUAAUUCUG